AUGGGGGACAAUCUUGCAUCUUCCGAGUCAGAGUGGACCGAUUCUUUGGAAGAAACAGAUCAGGAUAACUUAGAUAACCAACGCGAAAAUUCUGAAAACAAAUCACCCCCUCUUUGCGCCCUUCCCAUAAGUAGUGGUGCGAAACAAAAAGUGAUUAGUGCUAUUGCACGAGUGAGUCAAUCCCAGGACAAUAGCAAAAUUCAACAGAGAGUCCCACGUUCUUCUAAGGUUGAACCUAAACCCAAGAACCCUCUAAAGGUUACAACCCUACAACCUAACCCUACUUAUAAACUUCCUGUGGCGCCAAAGAAAGAAGUUCCUUCUUCAAGUCUAGAAAAGCCUCCUUACGCGAAUAAUCAAACCCCCUCUACUUCAUCACUAACCCCCAAGGCCACCAGUUCCACGAAAGGUUCUAAAAUACCCACCACAUCAAAGGAAAUACCAGUUGUGCCUAGGAAAAUACUCACAAGAAAUCCAGCAGCGUCAUCUGCAAAGCUCACUAUUCCCAAGAGAGGACAAUCCAUAGGAUCAACUAAACCUAAGGAACCCCAUGAUGAAGAACCUUAUGUUCCCCCUGCAGGUUCGAAACCUGUAGAUCCAGAUGUGAGUAGUAUUGGUGAGAGAUUGAGAAGAAGAAAACAAGAAAUACGAGAGAAGGCCUGUCACCAGGAAGACGAAUCUUCUUCUUCAGAUGAAUCAACAACAGAAACCGACAAAGAAGAAAAUUCGGACGCCCCAGUAUUCCGUGAAAGUCAUAGUGUGCUUCCUAGUGUUCCUCCUCAGCUCCCACCUAAAAAUCCGAUUACACCAAAAGAAACAACUGACCAACCAUCAACCCCGUGUAUUCCCACUAUGUCUAGUUCCUACACAGAUGUUUAUGUAGAUGGUGCAUGUUGUGACAAUGGCGGAAUAAGACCACGUGCAGGGAUUGGAGUAUGGUUCGGUCCUGAACACCCACUCAACGUCUCUCAGCGAUCCACAGGUAGACAAACCAACAACGCUUCCGAAAUAGAGGCUGCAACAACGGCUAUUAAAAAGGCGAAACGAGCAGGAAUAAAUCAACUAAGGAUAAAAACGGACUCCAAGGUACUUGUCCAAGGAAUCCAAGAGUGGGUACCAAAAUGGCAGAAAAAUGACUGGAAAACCAACGAAAAUAAACCUGUCAAAAAUAAAAGUGCCUACGAACGAUUAGUUAAAGCAAUGAAAGGUCUGGAUGUUAUAUAUGGAAACACGUGCCUGGUCAUGAUGGAAUGA